CUGACCAGCUUCUCCACGCCGGAGGCCGACAACCUGGGCCUGUUUUCGCUGUACGCGGAGCGGUGCGCUGCGGCCGGAAAGGAUCUACCCGUGGGCGAGAUGCCCUACUUCCGAUACGUGCAUCUGGAUGAGGACGAGCACGCGGCUCGGGAAUACCCCCGCGAGUCCAUCAGGUGGGUGCGCGACCUGGCAACCUACCGGCGCACGCUGACCCGCGGCGACGAGAUCAACGUGGACCUGGACCACUGGCGGACGAUCCGCACCACCGAGCCGCCCAGCUACGAGUCGGAACUGGAGGGCACUGUUUAUUUCGGCACGCCUGACGAUUGCGUGCGGAGAAUAGAGAAAUUGCGGGACGAACACGGCAUCGGGUACUUCGGCGCCUGCAUGUCCUUCGGCCACAUGGAGCACUCCAGGGUAAUGCGGUCAAUGGAGCUUUUCGCGAAGGAAGUGAUGCCCAAGUUCCCGGAUUAG